AGGGGGCGUGGUUGGAUGAAAGUGGUGUGGUUGGAUGAUAAUGUCUGUAUUUUUGUUCUUUCCUCAGUUAAGAACCACCCGUUUGGCAGCGAGUUUGACAGUUCUUAUGACAAGACGGAGAAGGACACCAUUCUGAAACUCCUCCUCAACCUUCACGACCACCUGGCUCAUAUUGCUGGCCAACAUGACUGUACCGCCCCGGAGCAGCAGCAGACCAACAGGAGCCUGUCUCUGAAGGAAGCCUCUGACUAUCUCCUGCAGCAGAGUGAACAGUACCGUCACUGGGUUCUCCUCGCUCUGGAGUGGAUCAUACGGACGGGGGAGGACGUUGGCAUACGGUAACCAUGGUUUCUCUUCUAAGAUUCU